CUCUUCAAACUUGUGAGAAGAUUGUCCCUCAAAUUUUACGUUUCCCUCUUAAAAAAACCAACUUCUUUCCUCGCCCUUUUCAUCUCUCGCCCUCUCAAUCUGCAACGCUGAGAUAUUUGUAAUAUUAAGGAGGUUUUGAAGAAGCCAUGGCGUCGUCAACAACUUCAUUAAGGCUUGCCAUUUCCUCUUCGUCAACCCUCAACGAUGGAAGAACCACCGGUGCCGUGGCAUCACCACAAUGUGUCAGUCUACCAACACUCCCUCCACCAACUAUGUCGUCUCAAAAUCGAUUGCAAACAUGGAAGACUACGACUUACUGCCGUAAACUUGCACGUAAUGUUGUCGCCAUGGCUACUGGGGAUGCACCAGCUGAAGCUGCUGAGACGCCUGAGAUUGUGAAGACCAUCCUAGAAGCUUGGGACAAUGUUGAAGAUAAAUAUGCCGUAUCUUCACUUGCCGUUGCAGGUGUAGUUGCCUUGUGGGGCUCUGCUGGAAUGAUAUCCGCAAUUGACAGGCUUCCAUUAGUUCCUGGGGUUUUUGAGCUCGUUGGAAUUGGUUAUUCUGGAUGGUUCGCGUACAAGAACUUGGUUUACAAGCCAGACAGGCAAGCAUUGUUUCAGAAAAUCAAGGAAACUUACAAGGAUGUUAUUGGUAAAAGUUAAACAAGGAGAUUCUUGGAUUGAGAAUAUUAGAACGAUGAGAAUUUGUUAUGAAGCAAAUCCAAGCUAUUUUGCAACAUAAUGUGAACGAACUGAUAUUCAUUCAUGGUUGUAAUUUUUCUCCACAAUAUAGGUUCUAAUUAACCUAGAAAUAAAUAUGUCAGACCCAGUAUAUUGUGCUUUGCAAAUUUGAAGAUAAGAAAAGUAUUGAGAAAUGUUGAUCUUCUAUAUAAUGUGUACAUGCUGUUUAUGUUUGAAGAAACCGAUUCUUCAUGUCAUCCU